AUGCCCGAGCUCAGUGAGAAGACCAGGCAGGAACUCCUCUAUGGGAUUCCCGAGGAGGAAAAGGAGCCUGAUCAUGACUGUAUCGACUCAGAUGUGCCUGUAGACAGGGACGAUAACGACGUGCUUGGCGAUCUCGCCUUCUUCCCAGCAGAGGUGCGGGUCUUGAUUUACCGCCAGUAUUUCUUUGACAAUGGAACGUCCUGCCAUGUUCGCCGGUCAAUGAGAGAUAUCCGUAGCCAACUCAAAGAGGAUGCGGAGGACAAAAUAACACCCAGACCAUGCACGACCGCCCACUCGCUGGCGAGCAAUAUUGACGGCAUCUCCUUGCUCCAGACGAACAAGCGGAUAUGCUCAGAGGCCCUGCCGGAGCUGUACACGCAGGCGCAGUUUCACUUCGACAGGCUGUGCCCACUGCAGCACUUCCUGUCCGCCACGCCGGCGGCGAGCCUAAGCCUCGUGCGUUCGGUCCGGUUCGAGUGGGUGACCUACACGUUCAUCUACGGCUCCGACUACGUGGCGGACUAUGUGGAGCGGAUCUGGGAGCCGGUGUGCGCGAGGCUGAUGGGCUUGGAGGGCCUGAGGGAUCUGACUGUUUCGGUGCGGCCUGGCUGGGCUGGUGGCUGGACAGUGCUGGGUGCGGCGAGGGAGAGGUGUGAGGAUAUGCUGUUUGGGCCUGUGAGGAAGCUGGAGGUCGGGAAUGUUGUGCUGAGGUGUGAGGCGAGUUGA